UGCACUUGCCGCCUCAAUUCGCCAUUCAGCCAUACACCCAAACCCCUAUUCUCCCACGGUGCGAAAUGGAUGGGUUACCGCCAUCUGUGCACUGGCUGCAAACCCACUGAUUCCCUCCUCAUCCCCCCCACCCAGAACGCCGUCCUCCUUUCUGCUGGACUUUGGGCGUCGCGUCUCGUUAGAUGCAGCGGCUCGCCUUGCCUUGCGCAUCCAGGCACAGGGACAUCUCUGCUUCUGUGACACAUCAAAAGUCAUACCCUGCAGGUUCCAGAACGCACCGUCUUCCCGUCUUAUCUCCCAUCCGCCCACCGCUUGAUCUAUUCCGGAACGACUCUCCGAAAAUAACCACUGACCGCCGUCGGUCGAACACGAGUCUGACUCAACCACAGGCUCACGAUGUCGACUGCGCCCUGUUGUGGGCUCGCGCCGCCUUCUCACACUGGUACCGGUACUGGUACUGACACUGGCACUGGCACUGGUCAGGCCUUCGGCCUCUCCAUGUGGCGCUUGCCGCGCCGAGACGCAAGCUCCUCCUGAAAGAGCCCCGACUGGUUCCAGUCUCCAAGGACCAAACCACAGGGACUUGGGGAUCCGAACCCUGAUUCGGGUCUCCACAUGCAUCGAGUCGAGGCCGCUGCCGACCGACACUUGUCGCGGCCGACGUCACGGAAGCGGUCUUGUCUUCCCGGCUUUGGCUCCCGAGUUGCCUCUUGCAGACCUCAAAGACAUCACCCCCUCAACCCCGAUGAUGGUAUCGCCGCUCUUCUGGGUCAUGGAGCCCCAAUUGACCGUCCCAAAGACGUCAUUCUGAUCUCGUGAGUGACUCGAUCGGGGCCCUGGCAUGCCUCGCCCAGGUGCCCCGGCAAUGUCCAGCCAAGUCCCGAUCGUGGCGGGUGGCAGCCGACCAAUGAGAGAAUAACUGUGUGUCAACGCUGACCACUCAGCGACGAGACCGGCGAAUUCUCGUCGUCGGACAGAGUUCGGACGGUGGGAAAUGACGACUAUUCGCAUGCGUUCGAA